GGGCCGGAUUGUAAUGUGCGGAAGCAGCUGCAUGCUAUUUGCUAUACCUGGCUAUGGUCCUUAUGCUUCCUCAAAGGCUGCUCUCGGAGCAUACACUGAUGUCAUCAUGAUAAUGCCAGGUUCGUUUGAAAGUGGUAUGCAGGACACAGGCAGGUUACUGCGAAUGAUGGAUAACGUCUGGAAUCGAUCGUCGCAGGAAAUUCGCAACGAAUAUGGCAGUGAUUAUAAUGAUAAAGCGAAAGCGGUCGUCAAACAGCUGCAGUCAAAAUUGAUAGCGAAGGAUAUCACGUGGGUGAUCGACGCAUACUAUGAAGCGAUUGCAGCUAAACGGCCAAAAUUGUUGUACAGAAUUGGUUGGGAUGCUGUGCUAUUCUUCUACCCAUAUUCUUUUCUUUCGCUACGCUUGCAGCUGCUUGUUAUGAGAUUUCUUCUGUUUUUAAAUGGAGCCCCACAACCGGCAAUGAAUAUGAAAUCACGGAAUUCAGCGAAUAUCGAAGGUGAAGAUGAUGGAUUAUGAUA